AUGAUGGAGAGUGAUAGCCAAACCCACCCUCUCCUCACACCGUUAAACAACUCACAACAAGAUCAAACCAACACAACUGCAGUUUUCACCGCCAAAUCCGAUGAUAUUCCUCCGAUCACCGGCGCCGAUACCUUCGCCAGAGAGUUCCUCAAUGAGUCGAAGAAGCUCUGGUACCUUGCCGGCCCCGCGAUCUUCACCUCCAUCUCUCAAUACUCUCUCGGCGCUGUUACUCAAGUCUUCGCCGGUCAAGUCGGUACUCUCCAACUCGCCGCCGUCUCUAUUGAAAACUCCGUCAUCGCCGGUUUCUGCUUAGGCAUCACGUUAGGGAUGGGAAGCGCGUUAGAGACACUAUGUGGACAAGCUUUUGGAGCAGGAAAACUUGAUAUGUUAGGAAUAUACAUGCAAAGAUCGUGGUUAAUUCUAAACGCCACCGCGAUUAUUUUAAGUCUUCUUUACAUUUUCGCUGAGCCUCUUCUAAAACUUAUAGGCCAAACAACGGCGAUAUCAGAGGCUGCGGGACUUUUCACAAUAUGGAUGAUUCCUCAGCUGUUCGCUUACGCGAUGAAUUUUCCGGUUCAGAAGUUUUUGCAAGCGCAGAGUAAGAUAAUGGCUAUGGCGUGGAUUUCUGCGGCGGCGUUGGUGGGACACACGUUUUUGAGUUGGUUUCUUAUGUUGCAUUUGGGGUGGGGACUGGUGGGUGCGGCGGUGGUGCUUAAUUCUUCUUGGUGGUUUAUUGUGGUGGCGCAAAUUGUUUAUGUUUUGAGUGGUUCGUGUGGUGAAGCGUGGAGUGGAUUUUCUUUUCAAGCUUUUCAGAAUCUUUGGGGUUUUGUUCGUCUCUCACUUGCCUCUGCUGUUAUGUUAUGUCUUGAAGUGUGGUAUUUUAUGGCAUUGAUUCUAUUUGCUGGAUAUUUAGAGAACGCAGAGGUUUCAGUGGAUGCAUUGUCUAUAUGUUCAAAUAUAUUGGGAUGGACUGUCAUGGCAUCCUUUGGCAUGAACGCGGCAGUAAGUGUGAGAGUAUCAAAUGAAUUGGGGGCAUCUCAUCCAAGAGCAGCAAAAUUCUCACUUACGGUUGCUGUGAUUUCUUCAUUUUUGAUUGGUCUAAUUCUUUCAAUGAUUUUGAUAAUCUUCCGGGAACAAUAUCCUAUAUUGUUUUCAAAUGAUCCAGAAGUAAGAAAGGCAGUGAUUGAGCUAACACCAAUGUUGGCAUUAUGCAUUGUCAUCAACAACAUUCAACCUGUUCUUUCAGGAGUUGCCAUUGGUGCUGGGUGGCAAGCAGUUGUUGCUUAUGUCAAUAUUGCUUGUUACUAUCUCUUUGGUAUUCCUUUGGGACUCUUCUUUGGGUUCUUUCUUGACUUUGGUGUCUUGGGGAUCUGGUCUGGAAUGUUAACAGGGACGGUUCUACAAACUCUUGUCUUAUUCUACAUGGUCUAUAGAACUGACUGGAAUAAUGAGGCAUCACUUGCGGAAGAAAGGAUAAGCAAGUGGGGCGGACUUGAUUUGAAGAUGAACGAUAAUGGAGAGAAUGGUCAAACAAUUGAAACUUCUGCAAAUUCUCGAAGCUAA